GUUAUCAUUAAGAGUGUGGCUUAUCUUCCAAAGAAUACUUUUGCCAUUUAGUUCCCAAGUGGACGGGACUCCACGAGACCGCGUAUUUGUGCGGGGUUAUUGAAGUUCUCGAAGUUAUUGGUGUUGGAGACAAGAUGGAUAGGCCUAGCACUAGCCGGCAGUCUGUUGAGAAAGUGGAAAUGUUUGAGGUUCGGGAGCAUGUGCCGUACCAAGCUGAAUUAACACGAGCUCCAGCAGCCUAUGAUGAGGAAAGUGGCGAUGUGUAUGACUCCUCGUGGACGUCCGCCUUCCGUGCCAUGUGCCAGCUCAUCAACCUCCUCCACCACAUGCAGGUCGCGAUAAUUGUCUUCUGUUUGUGGCACUUCGCUCUGACCGCAGAAGCUAAUGGAAGCAUCAGUAACUUGGAACUCCAUAUCAUUUUUGCUGGAACUGGCUACCAACUGUUCCUGGUAGAAGCAAUAUUGACCCUGCACAGACACAAUUCCUGGUCAUUCCAACUGUCGAAAGAUGGUAAACGGAUCGUCCACGGAUGCUUGCAGCUGAUUGGAUCGUUAUUUGUGAUCGCUGGCACAUUCCUUGGACUGGCUAGAGUUGAUAUGGUUGUGUCAACACCACAUGGAAUUUGCGGUGUCAUCGCGUUAGCAUUCACCCUCUUGAGUUUCGUCUCAGGCAUCAUAGCACUAUUUUCAGCUAAAGUCCGGUUAAUGGUCAGGAGUGGGCCCGUCAAGAUCAUACAUUUAGCAGUGGGCCUCUUUGCUGUUUCCAUGGGCCUUAUAACUAUAGUUCUGGGAUUCCAUAUGGACUUCUACGCUGCUUCACGAGAAGGUCUAUCAUCAGCCCUCAUAGUAUUUACUUUAUUAAUAUUAGUUUACAUCAUGAUCCAGCCUAUUUACGACUUGGUGACAAAUACAAGAAAAGCUAUGUGACUAAUGAAAAUACAGGGCUCUCCAGAUGAUGAUAGUAAUGCGUAGUGUAAACUUAUUUUUAAGCCAAAAUGACGAGCCUAUAGUGCUGCCAUAUUAUCUAUUUUAGUGUAUAAAAUUGGAACUAAAUACAAACGAAUUAAAAAAAUAAAAACCACAAAUAUAAAAGGGACACCAU